GCGCGCCUGUCGGCCUGGGCCUCGCCGGCGCGCGCCCACUUCCGCCUCCGGUUCCGGGCGCUUCCGCGCGUAGCCGGCCCGGCGGGGAGGGCGUCACAGACCCCAGAUGCCCGCCCGUGGGAUACAGCAGAGGAUGAGCCCUCUAUCUUCCUGUCAUCAGUAAGCCACUCUUCCCAACGGCUUUUCCGCCAUCCACCCCUCUCAUGUCUACCUUACUCCUCAAUUUGGAUUUUGGGGAGCCUCCCCCCAAAAAGGUAUUAGAGGGAAAUGCCAAGCACCGGAAAUUUGUCAAGAAGAGGCGGCUCUUGGAACGGAGAGGCUUUCUGAAUAAGAAGAACCAGCACACUAGCAAGGUGCCUAAGUUGAACUCAGAACCUCCGAAGAAAGGAGAAACCCCUGGGGCGGAUGGCACUUGGAAGGUGUCCCCCCUUCCAAAGAAGAAGACGGCAGCCUCCAGCAGUGGCCCAGAGCAGCCCCUGGACAGGAAGGCUGCAGUGCCCUGGCUGACCCCCGCCCCUUCACCGAAGGCUGCCUCGGUGGUGGCUAAAGUAGAUUUGCUGGGGGAGUUCCAGAGCGCUCUUCCGAAGACGAGGAGCCACCCAGCUCGCCCCCAGAAGAAGGGCCCCCCAAAGAACUCUGCUCAGAAAAACGCCCCACAGAACUCCGGCCAAUCUCCUUUAGAGGGUAAAGGCUCCGGAGCGUCCUCGAAGACGCCGGGGAGAAUGGUGGCAAUUGACUGUGAGAUGGUGGGCACAGGACCCAAGGGGCACGUCAGUUCCUUGGCUCGAUGUAGCAUCGUCAGCUACCACGGAGACGUGCUUUACGACGAGUACGUCCUCCCCCCGUGCCACAUCGUGGACUACCGGACCAGAUGGAGUGGCAUCCGCAGGCAGCACAUGGUGAAUGCCACACCCUUCAAGGUCGCUCGGAGCCAGAUCUUGAAGAUCCUCGCAGGGAAGAUAGUGGUGGGGCAUGCCGUCCACAACGACUUUAAAGCCCUUCAGUACUUCCACCCCAAGUCCCUCACCCGCGACACCUCCCAUAUCCCGCCCCUCAACCGCAAGGCCGAGUGCCCGGAGAACGCCACCGUGUCCCUGAAGUGUCUCACCAAGAAGCUGCUGAACCGGGACAUCCAGGUUGGGAAAAGCGGACAUUCCUCCGUGGAAGACGCUCAGGCCACCAUGGAGCUGUACAAGCUGGUCGAAGUCGAGUGGGAACAGCACCUGGCCCAGAAUCCCCCGAAGGACUAGCGGCAGCGGGGGCGCCGGUGAGCAGAGGCGGGGAGCAGCCCCGAGGUCGAGAGGACCGGGACCGGGCCGCGGCUCAGCGCGCUGCCCCAGCCGCCAGAGAGCCGUUCCACCCCACACUUAAGAGUCACUGAAAUUUCACCUCUGGUGUUCUGUCUUGUCUGGUUAAGAGUCCCGUGGAAGGGGAACCUCUUGUCGGGAUCUGGUCCAUACCGUUUACCUCUUAACAUGGUGCUGCCCGCAGGUCCCAGGGUGCUGGGCUCCAGGUGAGCUUUUGACUUCUGGGGGACGGGGCAUCCUGGGAAAUGUCCUUUCCCAAACUGCCUUAUCCUUAGAGUGGCCGUGUGUCCCAUUUUAUGCCUUUUGUUCUCACAUGAGUAGCAGCGCCCCAUUUCACGGUCAGAAGGAUGCUGGCUGGGUGAUCAGAUCACCCUGCGGGUCACCGACUCCACCCUGCUCUGUCAUCGGGGCUCUGUCGUCGGGGCUGUUGUCAGAGCUCUGUCUUUGGUGGCGCCGGUUCUUAGCGAAGCCAUCACUGGGGAGGUUCGGUUCUUAGGGGUAAGAGAGCGGGACUUGGAGAUCGAUUUUUCUGCCUUAGAAAGCAGCAUCUCCUAAAGUAAUAGAGGGUUUCUUUAAUUGAGACCCACUUGGUUAAAAAAGAACUUAAAGCGUUCUCAUGGUUUUUAGUCUUUUACUUUGCUAAACCAAACCCUUAAGGACUCAAAUUAUUCCCUUGAUAAAUUUUAUAAUGGAAAAACAA